AUGAAUGGUUCAGAACCCAUGAACCCUGGGGACAGACUCUUUGCAGAAAUUUCAGUUCUGGCUUCAACCCUAGUCUAUGAAAACCCGUCGGUUAUAGAAGAGAGGGUCAACCAAUACUGGAAGAUGCAUUUUGUGAACUUCUUCGACUGUUGGAACGGUAUGGAAAAGCAGAGUCUGUGUACUCCAAUAAAACGAAUCUAUUACUUGAACACGAAAUCUACACAGGCAUUUAUAUUGUGUGAUAAGGAAGAAGAUGCCCAAUUAAUAGUGAUAGCUUUCAGAGGAACACAACCAUUUGAGAGUGAUGAUUACAUAACAGACGUAGAUUUGUCUUGGUAUAAGCAUCCUCAAAUGGGAAAGGUCCACUUUGGAUUUCUAGAGGCUUUGGGUCUGAAAAACCGUUCAAAUCAAUCAGAUGGUAAACAAUUCUCAUGCUGUAAAGAACCUGACCAACAAGGUCACAGUCUAGGAGGAGCCUACCAUGUGCUACACAAGAAGCUGAAAGAGCUUUUAGAAGCCCACAAAAAUGCAAAAUUCAUUGUGACAGGUCACAGUCUAUGAUGAGCCUUGGCUGUAUUGUUUACCGCAAUGUUGUUUGUGGAAGAGGAAAAGUUGAUGGAAAAACUGCUGGUUAUUUACACAUUUGGACAGCCCAGAGUUGGUGAUGAAAGAUUUGGAGAUUUCAUGAACUGGAAACUGAGUAAAAGUCCUGUACCCAGAUAUUUCAGAAUCGUCUAUUCCAAUGACCUUAUUCCCAGAAUACCUUAUGACGAUGAUCGAUUCAUGUACAAGCACUUUGGAACAUGCCUUUACUACGACAGUUUCUACUCUGAGAAGUGUUUAGUUCUACAUUACAGAGAGGGAAAGGAAUUCAAAGAAACUAAAGUUUCUAUUUUCUGUAGAGUACUUGGAGUUUUGAGUCCGGGAAUCUUGAUUCCGGGGCUUGCAGCCCACAGUCCAGUAAAUUAUAUACAUGCAGUACGGCUGGGCCCUGCAAUACUCAACCCUAAUUUGGGCAUACUAGAAGAUUAA